GGUAAGGUGUUUGCAUGUCUUAAGCUGAGUUACUAAAACAUCUUGUUCAGUUUGGCAUUGGGGAUAGUUGAUUGGUAAGGGUCAUUUGCAUUUUCUUUCAUUGUCAGAUUAUAUAUAGUACACGACUGUAGUUUGCCCGAAAUAUGCAAUCAAGUUGUUGUACAUGUCGAAACUGAGUGUUAUCUAACAUAUAAAGCCUGAGAAAAGUACAGAUGUGUUUACCAUACAACGACUUCCUGCCGUCCAAAGCUAGCUAAUCACACAUCAUGAAAUCUGAUUUACUUAUGACUUACAGAAUUCUAUAGAGAACUCGAAUAGUUACUUGUUACUUUUCAUCCCCAAGCGUUCGCCAUAUUACUCCUAAAUUCUUCUUUCAUUUGUCCACAGUACAAUUGUCCGCUGACUGGAUGCAUGAAUGCAGACUCAUGCGUGUUAAAUGAAGUGUCGAAGGUUUACGAAUGCACUCCUAUGAAAAGCUGUGCUGACCUGUACAAUGCUGGUAAAACAAGCAGUGGUGUUUACACAAUAGACCCUGAUGAUUCAGGAGCCUUUGAUGUUUUCUGCGACCAAACGACAGCUGGCGGGGGGUGGACAGUGUUCCAGAAGAAAAUAGACGGUUCUGUUGAUUUCUACCGCGACUGGGCCGACUAUAAGAAAGGCUUCGGUAACCUGAAUGGCGAGUUUUGGCUGGGACUGGACAAGAUACACCGCCUAACCAACAGUGAUACUUUUAAGCUUCGAGUGGAUCUGGAGGACUGGGAAGGAGAGACCAGAUUUGCCGAAUACGACAUGUUUGCAAUUGGGGAUGAAGCUUCUAAGUACAUUCUCAGUCUUGGAUCAUAUUCAGGAUCAGCUGGUGAUUCUCUUGUUAGGCAUGGUGGUUAUUCUUUUACAACCAAAGAUCAGGAUAACGACUGUUGGGGUAAAAACUGUGCUGUGAUCUUCAAAGGAGCCUGGUGGUACUGGGAAUGUCAUUACUCUAACCUGAAUAGUCUGUAUCAUCAAGGUGGUGAACACUCAUCAUAUGCUGAUGGUAUCAACUGGAUGCACUGGAAAGGAUAUCACUACUCCAUGAAACGAGCUGAGAUGAAAAUCAGACCAGUUAACUUCUAAAACUGGUGUGUUUUUGGUUUGCCUUGCACGUUUGAAUGACUCUUUUGUCACACAGUUUUAUAACAUUUGACUCACUGUACUGCUUUGAAACAUUAUAAGUUGCUUCAAGAGUGUAGAUAACAAACCUGUUAGAACUUUUAGGCACUGACGAUUCCGGUCUUCGUUGUUGCUCCUGGGUGAUACUAUAUAAGAAAGUGUAGUUAGCUGGCACCAAGUUAGUUAUUUUCACCAAAUUAAACCAUCGUGAUAUAUGUGAAAAAAGGUGUGAUCUUUACAACAAGGACUGAAGGAAAAAACGGUUACUGGAACGCAAAAUGUAAUGUCUUCGACCCCAACUGUCGCGACUCUCAUUUCCAAAAGAAGACAGUGGAUGUAUAACUGAUUAAAUAUGCAGUUAAAUUUUUCUGUUCCCCGUUGACAUAUUCUCGAGCCUUUUGUAAAUAGACUUCUUUCGGUUCCCUCCCUUGGUUGAGCUUUACUGAACUAUAUAACUCAGUGUCUAGCCGGAAAAGAGGAAGUCUGCUAUAGGCCCACAGAUUUUCGGUCUAACUUAGACUAGUAUGGAGUCAUCUGGAAUAUGAUCCCGCAUUUCAGAUUUCAAUUCGGUUU